AUGGCCCGGCUGGGCGCCCUGCUGGUGGCCGCCGCCCUGGGCGCGCUGCUCAGCUUCGCGCUCCUGGCCGCCGCCAUCGGCAGCGACUACUGGUACAUCCUGGAGGUGGCGGGCGCCGGCAGCCGCAGCAGCCCCGGACGCACCGAGCGGCUGUCCUCGCACUCGGGGCUCUGGCGCAUCUGCGAAGGACAGAACGGCUGCAUCCCCCUCACUGAUCCCUUUGCCAGCGAGAGCCUGGACGUGUCCCCCUCCGUGCAGCACCUCAUCUGCCUGCACCGCGUGGUCAUGGUGGUGCUGCCCCUGAGCCUCGUCCUCACGGUGUGCGGCCGGCUCUGCAGCCUGCUCAGCCCCCUGGCCCAGAGCGUCCCUCUGUUGCUCUUCACUGGCUGCUACUUCCUGCUGGGGGGUGCCCUGACCCUGGCAGGCAUCAGCGUCUACAUCAGCUACUCGCACCUGGCCUUCGCGGAGCCAGCCCACCAGUACGGGGCCCACCAUGUGCAGGCCGUGUGCAUCAGCUUCGGCUGGUCCUCCGCCCUAGCCUGGGGCUCCUGUGCAGCUGAGACCCUCAGCGGAGCCCUCCUGCUGGUGGCCACCCGCGUCCUCAGCCUGAGCCAGCGGCCUGGCGGCCCCCACUCCGUGGUCAUCUAA